AUGAAACAAUUGGUUGAAAGUGUGGAGUAUUUGCAUAAAAAUAAUAUUACUCACAGAGACCUCAAACCCGAUAAUUUAUGUGACUUUGGUUUGUCUAAAUUGUUGCAUGAAUUAAGUGAUCGAUACAAACAAAGUAGUGUCAAAAAUACCGCAGAUUUCAAAGACAAUGUUAAUUAUAUGGCACCCGAAGGACAGACCACUGAAUACAACCAUUUAAUAGAUGUCUAUAGUCUGGCACUCAUUGGAGCGAAAAUAUUUGGUUUUAGUUCAAACAAUAUAAGAGACGGAAUAUUUGAUUUUGAUUUCAAAAGCAUUGAUAACUUUGAUCUCCGCUUAAAAAUGGUUCAAAUGUACACUUUAUUGCUGUCAAUGAGUGUUAGUAUAUAUACAGAGAAUUGUGCAGAGAUUGAGGAUAUAUGGAAACAACGACCCGAAUGUGUAAUUAUUAUAGCCUCCACUAUAACCGAGUUAUUUGCCAAACAUGUGAUGACAAAACUGAUCUAG